UGAAGAAAGAGAGAGAAACCAAUAAGUGUUAAUAGGGAUAGAGCCUAAAGCUUUCUUCUAAUUUAUUUACUCGGUGGAAAGAAUUAUAGGAGAGUUACACAGCAGAUGGAUACAUCAUCUAUCUCUAUUCCACAAGUUAUAAGUUGCAACUUACACAAUUAUCACGCAUUCUCAUUUGUCCUCAAUUACAUAUGUCAAGAUUGUUCAAGAUGAUAGAUAGCCUAUCAACCAAGUUCGAACAAGCUCUGAUCUUAACAGCACCCAAGAAACCCGGCACGUCCUGUUUACUCCUCGGUCUACCCGUAGAGCUCGUUUCCUACAUAUUAUCCCUCCUCGACCCUAAACAUGUCGCACUCUUCUCUUUGACUUGCAAGGCCUCCUCCCUCCUUGUCCGGGGUACCGACUACGGCAAGAUUUGUCUUGCUUCUAUCCAUAGUGCUCUACACACUGACUUAGAUCAAGCCUCUCUUGAGAGAACCGAGUUCCUUCAUCACUUGGUGAAGGACCUCCCGCAUCUAUUUGUCUGCAAGCGCUGCUCAAAGCUUCAUCACAAUCUCGUCAAUCUUGUUGAAGAGGGUUCGCAUGCUCUGGAGAACUCUACCUCAAUUCGUCGUCAAAAAGGUCUUAUGACUUUUGGUACCCUAUGGCCACAGUAUGCCUUCACCUGCAGACAGGGCCGUGAGGCCAUAAAUAAGUAUAUUAACGGCAUGGAAUCUAACCUUGCGACUUCCCAUCUCUCUAUAUCUACCGACUGGAAGCUUAGGAGAUUAGGAACGUCUUGCAACAAUCCGGAUUUCAUCCAUGGGUACGUCAAGUUGGACACCGAAGCAGCAGUCGUGAAUGACAACUUAUACUUCCAUAAAAUUCAACGGAUACUACUUCUUCCAGACAGAGUUAAGCCUUUUCUCAAGGCGAAUGCUUCGUCUCCCAUGGAGCAAGUUUUCCAAUCUUGCUGGCAUGGUACUGAAUUUCGGUCCACAUUUCGUCCCUUCCUGGAUCUGUUGGAUUGGAAUGGUCUCCAUAAAAUGAGUGUGCAUGAUACCAUCUCCAAGUUUGCCACUAUGGCACAUGAAAGGCUGUUUCUAAUGAAGCCAGCCGGGCUGGACGGUUACGACCUGGACGGGUUUUCGCUGCGAAACUACCCGCUUGCAGGUUGUAAAUACUGUACGACUGAAAAUACCACCACCAUUCAUAAUCACGGCCGCGGCGGAGUUGAGAUAGUAAGCGAUACCUACCAGGAUCUCGGUGAUUGCAUCGACGACGUUAUCCGGGAUUAUGACAGCUCCGUCAAUAAUGAAUGGGGAUACUGUUGGUCGGGCCUAAGCUACGAGUAUCGGAUUCUCUUGUCCAGGCGGCAGGAACACCCCCCGGUCAACCCUAGAAUAUUCCUUACACGUCCUGGUACCAGUGCUAUACAUCAUCCGUCUGCACCAAGUAUCCGGGAUAUCUGGGAGUUACAUGAUCACGACAAAGAAGCUAAAUCGAGAUUAUUAUGAUGAUACCCGAGGUGUAUUUGAGCGUUGGCGUUUGGAAAAUUAUAAGGGAAAAGGAUAUACCACUUAUGUCGUUGGGUACCUACACUAGGUAGCUAGUUAGUCUUAAGGGGUUAUAGCUGAUUCUACCUAAGCUAAACGAAUUUAAAAAUAAUUCAACACGACGAAGCUGUCCGUUGAGAGAACACCCAAGCCUUGAGCUGAAUAAUACGC